UUCUAACUCCUUUCCUAAUUUCCCUUACUACAAAAACCCAGCAUAUGUCUUCCCAAAACAACACACCUACCAGCUUAACCAGGAGAAGAAGAAAUUGUCUUUACUUCCUCUCUAAUCUAAUCUAAUCUAAUCUAAUCUAAUCUAACAGGUGUUUCUGGUUCUAUAUUCUUCCUUCGUCAAAUUGCUCAUCAAAUCCGUAUCUUUCCAAAAUGAUGACAACAAAAGCAAUAGAACUAGCCACACCAACAAAAAGAAUAAUCAGUCCGGUUCAAGCAUUAUGGCGUUCACGUUUAGUAGCAGCAUUCAGGAUUGCAUUAGCAUGCUCCAUCGUUGGUUUUGUGACUCUAUUCGGCCCUCUGUUACUCCAACAGGAGGUAGCAUUUCCAGCUUUAACUUAUGUGAUUGUAAUCCUUAUCGUCACAGAAGCGACAUUAGGUGAUACAGUUCGGGGUUGUUGGCAUGCCAUACUCGCUACUUGCCAAGGAGUAUUACCAGCUAUCUUAAGCUUAUGGCUUAUUGGACCAGCUAGGUAUUCAAUCAGUGCAUCUGUUCUUGCUGUGACAAUCACAAGCUUUGCAAUAACAUUGCCUGAAUCGACCCACUUAAUUUGCAAGCGUAUUGCUUUGGGUCAAAUCGUGAUCUUAUACUCGGUGACUUCUAUGGAUGGUGUUCAUACUGAGGCUUUUACGCACGCGAGGCACGUUGCAGCAAGUACUGCUCUUGGUGCUUUAGCUUCUUUUCUGGCGUUAGUUUUUCCUUACCCUCGGCUUGCAAGUUUCGAGGUUCGGAAUAAGGGUCUGUUAUUCAAGGAGAACUUUUCACAAAGACUUAAUCUCUUCGUAAAUGCGUUUUGUGCCGAAAACAAAGCUUCAGCACUAGCAUCAGUUUCUCAAGCAAAAUCUUUGGCUAAAACAGGGUCCAGUCUGCUCCAAAAUAUCAAAAUCAAACAGGAAAACAUGCCAUGGGAGAAACCCUUGAACAGAUUGGCUAAACAGUAUGAUAUGUGCCCAGCAGCCAGAUUACAGGCCUUGGAAACACCCUUAAAAGGGAUUGAACUUGCUUUAACUUCUUCCGCUUCAUCAUUUCCUGUUAGAGUUGCUGAUCAAGAAGUUAAAAUUCUUCUCUCUACAUUAAAUGAGCAAAUAAGUUCAACAGUGAAACAAACCGGUUGCUCUCUGCAUAGUGAUUCAUCAACUGUUCCAGAAACUAAAGGAGAUGAUCAAGUUGUACAUAAUUUGUUCCUUCAAACUCUUCAACCCAAUAUAUUACUCACAAAAAACGAUUUACCAUCUCUCUUCUUUCUAUUUUGCAUGAAACUCCUUCAUGACGAGUCAAUGACUAGUCAAAGUGUUGAUUCACCAAACAAACCCAAGACAGAAGAACCAGUUCAAAAACAAAAAUCAUUCAUGAUCAGCAAUUACUUCUUGAGAAUCAAUAGUAAAAGAUUGAUCUACGCAGCGAAAUGUUCGCUUUCGUUAGGCCUUGCUGUGUUAUUUGGAAUGAUUUAUAAUAAAGAGAAUGGGUUCUGGGCAGGUCUUGCAGUUGGUGUUGGAAUGGCAGGUGGGAGAGAAGCGACAUUCAAGAUUGCUAAUAUUAAAGCACAAGGAACAGUUUUAGGAUCCAUAUACGGAGUCUUGGCUUGCUUUCUUUUCCCAAAAUUCCUAGAGAUAAGAUUUCUAUCACUUAUUCCUUGGAUCAUAUUUACUACAUUCUUGAAACGAAGCAGAAUGUAUGAUCAGGCUGGCGCCAUAUCCGCAACUAUUGCUGCAUUAAUUAUCUUGGGCAGGAAGAAUUAUGGUUCUCCAACUCAAUUUGCCUUUGUAAGAAUCACAGAAGUCUUCAUUGGACUAAGUUGUUCAGUCAUAGUGGACCUUCUCGUACAACCCAUCAGGGCUUCUACAAUGGCUAAGGGUGGGCUAUCGAAGAGCUUGAGGUCCCUCCACAAGUCCAUCGAAUCGAUAGAUUUUUGUACCAGUGCAGAAAACAAGUCAAGAAUGUGUUUGAAAGAUUUAAAAGAAAACGAAAAGAAGCUAAGAGCUAAUGUUACUGAGCUAGGUAAGCUCAUUGCAGAAGCUGCAGUGGAACCCAACUUUUGGUUCAUACCUUUUCAUGGUGCAUGUUAUAGUAAGUUACUUGGGUCGUUAUUAAGAAUGGCAGAUCUCUUACUUUACACGACUCGUGCAAUGGAAUCUUUGGUUCAAGAGUCCAAGAGGUUUGAAGUUCAAGAACAGAUUGGUGGAGAUUUAGAUAUUUUCAAAAGAACCGUAAAUUCUUCACUAAAAUGUUUUGAGGAAAUUACUUCGAUAAAAUCUUUACAAAGACUUGAGAAAGAGUUAACCAGCAAGAACAUCUCAUAUGAUGUAGAAAUGGGAAAAUGUUCACUAAAUGGGAGUGGGUUUAAGGUUUUGAUGAGCGACAACGAAGAAGAAAUGGAGAAAUUUACGAGUACGUUGGUGCAACAUUUACGAGAAGUGGUAGACAAAGUUGAUGGUUUGGAAGGUGAUGACAAUGACCAGGAAGAGGAGAUGAAGAGCCAAAUGAUUCUUUGUUUGAGUGCAUUGGGAUUUUGCAUUGAUGGUUUAAUGAAGGAAACAAAAGAGAUAGGAAAAAGUGUGAAAGAGUUGGUUCAAUGGGAAAAUCCUUGUAGCCAUGUAAACUUGUGUGAAAUUUACUGCAAGAUUAAUGCUUUGUACUCGUAAGAAAUUGUACCAAGUGCAAUUGCAUGUCAUAUUGUCAUUGUAAUAAGAAAGCUUGUGUUGGUAUAAACUGUUUUUACUCUUCGAGUU